UCUUACGAAUUCAAGGAUCUCUAUCCAUUUACAUACAACUCAAUCCUCUCCAUUUUUUCCUUCCCUUUUUUCCUAUCCAAUUUGUAGAGAUCCUUAAUUUACUUCCUCAUUGCACGACAUCAUGGCAAAUGCUGCGUCUGGAAUGGCUGUGCUAGACGAGUGUAAGCUGAAGUUCUUGGAAUUAAAAGCAAAGAGAAACUACAGGUUCAUAGUAUUCAAGAUUGAAGGCCAACAAGUGGUUGUGGAGAAGCUUGGAAAUCCUGAAGAAAACUAUGACGAUUUCACUAACUCUCUGCCUGCCGAUGAGUGCCGCUAUGCUGUCUUUGAUUUCGACUUCAUCACUACUGAAAAUUGCCAGAAAAGCAAGAUUUUCUUCAUUGCUUGGUCACCUGACACAUCAAAGGUGAGGAUGAAGAUGGUAUAUGCGAGCUCAAAGGAUAGAUUCAAGAGAGAACUUGAUGGAAUUCAAGUCGAAUUGCAAGCAACGGAUCCCAGUGAAAUGAGCUUUGACAUUAUAAAGUCACGAGCACUUUGAAUCUCAGCUUAAUAAUUACCUAUUCCAGCCUCCUUUCAACGCAGUUGAACUCUAGUGUUGUAUUAUUUCCAUUUAAUUUAUUUAAUUAUCUCUUGUUUGUGUUCGAAUCACACACUCGAUCAAUAAAAACACAAAGUUCUAAUAGGCUGCAGGACUGAUACCAUAAGUAGGGCAAAGACCUUCAAAGAUUAAUGGAAGGCUCUUUUAGCAAGUUUUCACUCAUAUGAGGAAUUCCUUUAUGUAUUUGAGAGAAAGCGAGCUAUGCUUAGGUAAGUUCCUUCCGUCAACAAUUUUAGAUAAGAAAAAUAGCCCUCUCUGGAUUUCAUAUAUCUGUGCAUUGUGAUGUAAUACUAUGUACUUUACAGUGUAGUCCGUGUGUUGCAACAAAAUACUAGCAGUGUGUCUGUCAAUUCGAUUCAUUUCA